GGCCGGCUUGCUUGUUGGACUGUGAUGAUGAUCCCUGGCAUGUCCCUCCACCACGUACAGAUCAAGAAACCGAACCACCGUAAACGUCAUGCCAUGGCUCAGAUCAUGGCUGGCACCGAAGAUAUCGUGUCUGCCGUAGCGCACAAGGCUUGCUCGUCCAUGCAGCAGCAACCCGCAGCAUCACCGCCUGUCAAGGCCGCCGAGGCGACCGAAGCUCACGAGCCCAGUUCCCGGUACACUGCGACCAAGACGUUGCCAACGUGGAUCACGAACGACAGACAAGUGCUUCGUUUCUUCUGCUACUUCUUGGACUCGUCGUCUGACGACAGCUCCAGUCGCGACAGGUCGACCUCUACCCCAGAAACGUCCGGUCCUCCACCGCCAACCAUCCGACGCCUCGUGUUGCAUUACUACUUGUCCGACGCGUCCAUUGAAGUGUGCGAGCCUCGCGUGGUCAACAGCGGUCUUGACCAAGGCCUCUUUCUUCGCCGCACCAUUCUCAAUCACCCGUCAACUUCGCAGCCGUACACUCCGUUCGACUUGGUGGUCGGCUCGUCGUUGCCAAUUAAAGGUCGCUUGUUCACGCUCGUUGAUUGCGAUGCCGCCACCCGCGAGUACUACGUCCAAGCCAAGCAGCCCCAGCCACCUGCCAAGUUAUAUCCAGACACGCCGCCAUCCUCCACUUGGACCGAGGUCGAGCGCAUCAAAAUGGCACGCAGUGCCGUUCCGCCGAGCCACCAUCCGCGUACACAACGGGACCCCAUCACGGACAAGGUGAACCAUGCCGCCAAAGUCCACCAGUUUAUGACGUACAGCAACAAAGUGCUUCGGUUCUUUUGCCGGUGGGACGACCCACAUCCAUUGUAUCCUGUCAGCCGCCCAUUUGUCCUGCAUUAUUACCUGGCAGACGACACCGUCGAAGUGCGCGAAGCCACAAAAGACAGGGGCAGCAGUCGCCACGCGGUGCUCUUGUCGCGCAGGCGGCUCCCGUUCGAACCCGUACCCACCCACCACCACCACCACCACGACCGGGGCUCGCCCGGCACCGGUCGCUUUGUCCACCCAUUGGAUCUUCGGUGCGGCGACGGGCUGAUGGUGUUUGGUCGGUGCUUUAACCUGAUCGACUGCGACGAGUUCACGCGCGCGUUUUAUUUGGACAGGCACGGUGUCACACAAGAGUCUCAGACUCUGUUGGGUGAACCCGCCGCCGUCCGCGUCGACGCCCCCGAGCCCGACGACUCGAUACUGCGUCCGCUGCUCCAGAAAUCCGAGCGCAAAGCCAUCAGUAAACCGCUGGGAGUGGACCAAUGUCUUCGUUUCCGAGCCAAAUUUGCAUCCCCGCCCGACGACAUCCAAGCCAACCGCCGGUUCAUCCUGUCGUUUUACCUCUUGGAUGCGACCCUGGCCAUAUAUGAGCCACAUGUGCCCAACUCAGGGCGACUCGGGGGAAAGUUCCUCGACCGGCAGUCGUAUAAACUGCAUCAACCCCCCGGGAAUCGAUUUGUCCGCGCGGGGGACUUGGUCGUGGGCGGCACGUUGCAGUUGCACUUAACCCCGUCGCAGACGUUUAUGCUGCUCGAGGCCGACGACCAAACCCUGACCUACUGCGAAGACCACCCCGAGGAAUUCCCUCAUGCCAACAUCGACCUCGUGCUUCGUCAUGUCGUGAGCCAGCUUGUGACACAGUCCACGUCCCUCCGGCAUGUCUUUCGCGCACAGGCGUCACUAGAGGAUGGCAAGAAUCUGCGACAGGUGACACCGCAGGCGUUCGACCACGUGCUCCGUCAUCGCAUCCACUUGCAGCUACAUCCGCACGAAGAGCUGACGCUGCGGCGCCGAUAUGGACGUUCGACCUCGGAACAAGAUCAGUUGGUGUGGUAUGAUGUCUUCUGCGACGCUGUAUCGAGAACGUAUGCGUGCGCCCAUCGUCGCAGUUUGCCGGCAGCCGCGACGACAUCACUGGACACACUGCGACAGCUCCAUGUCAACUUGCGAGGAGCCAUGUUACGCGUGGACACGGGCACCAACAACGGCAUCGUGCCGCGGUCGUUGCUUGAGAAGCUGUUGGGGUUUUACCAAGUGCAUCUGCCAGCUCAAUUGCUCGAUCGCUUCGAAGUGUCGGCGGAAGCACAAGUAGAUUACCAUCGCUUCUUUGAUGCAGUAUACCCCUGCGAUUUGUUUCAAGAGGACGAACGCUCCAAAGGCGUCGUACCUGCUGACGUCGACGCGUCAUCGUCUAGGAGGCCAGUGGUUCCAAUGCCUGUGCCAGACGAAGGCCCGCUGUACGCUCCCACCCCCCGGACGAAUCUAGACACGGAGCGAUUUGGCGUGCUCGGUCCUCUAGAACAGGGUCGGGGAGGGGCGGAGGCGGCCACUCAAAUUGCUCUGCAACGACCGCAGCAACGCCUGCCAAUGCACGACGACGACGACGACGUACACAGCGUCACAUCGUCGCUGGCGUCGUCGGCUCCGUUUUCGACGGUAGACUUGAGCCAAAGGGCGUCGUUGUCGGCCAAGGGGGACGCGACCACUAGACCCCCGUCGACUGACGACAUGCAAGUGCCACCGCCGCCGCCACCCAUUUCUGCGACGCCGUUGGACCAAUCAUACCUGCUACCCCUGUCUCGGUUUCAAACGACCAAUCAGCGCGUGCAACAAGAGUCGGCGCGGACAGCGCGGGCGCUGCAGCAACAACGCGACGACAGCGGCGCUGUAACUCUAGCCGAUCCAACGAUAUACAGCCGGCGUCGCCAUCCUGCUACUCCUACUAACGUUACUGGCAGCACGCCCAUCCAACUAACCAAAGAUCAAAAGGCCGCGCUGUAUAAAACCACAAGCCAGCGCAUGCUCCGCGGUGAACGCACGGCGGCACUCACGUCGCAGCGCGCGGCCGACGUGAUCUCCCGCGCCCGAGCCAAGCUGGUCACGGAAACGAAACGCAAUCCGCUGGUGCCACUCACGGUCACAGACGUGGAUGCCGUCGAUCCAUCGUCCAAGGCGUUGUUUGCAAAUCUGUUUGCCCCGCAUAAGUACGAGCUCCGUAAAGCCCUGCGACAACACGAUCACGACAAGUGCGGCUUUGUCGGCGAAGACGAGUUUAUGGACGCGCUGGCAAGUGUUCAUCCAGACAUGACGGAUGAAGAUCGAUACCGCCUCGCCGAUGCGUUCUUCCCGUCCGUGGAUGCCCAACUCAACUACAAGCAUCUGCUCGAUGUAGCGUUGGUGAUGCUCCCGCCUGCACCUCAUGCCUCGAUAAGCACUAAACUAGGCCACGCCGUGCCGUAAUAGAAUCAAAAGCGUACAAUCUAUUAUGAGUAGACG